CGGCGCUGCUACGGUUGAUUCGGUGUUUACCAUCGUCCGUCAAACUGGGCCUGCUGUUGUUCCUCUUCCUUCUGUCAAACCGGUGCGUUUAGACUGCCGGGUUGACUACCUUAACGGAGAAGCCCUGAAUGAGGAGCGACGGCGUGAAUGGAGUUGCAUUCAUUCAUAACCAAAUUUUCAAACCGCUGAAGCCCCGCUGACAGCAAGGCAGAAGGCAGAUGGAGGCGCGAAAAGGGCUGUCUCGUUGCAUCAAACAGCCAAGCAGCAAACAAUCAAAUCUUGGUCCCUUUGGGCUGCACUUUUUGCCUGUUCCAAUUUAAAAUGGCCAAAAUCAAUUUGAAACUAACCUCGAAGGACGUGGAAACCAGCCUGCAGGGCGGCCCCAUCAAGCUGCAGUACAUUCCCGCCACGAUCAAGGGCGACGGGCCGGCGAAUCUGGAGCAGUUUUUCACCCCGUACACGGAAACGCAACGGGACGGAACUCUGUGCAACGCGCUUCGGGGAUAUCCGCUGCGCGGCAAAGCAACGUCCCUGCCGGCCGGCUACACGGGCGUGAUGUUGCAGGAAACGAAAAAGCCACUCUCGGACGAGGACGAUCGAACGCUAACGUUUGCCGGUGCGUUCCGCGACUUUACCUACUGGAACUACGAUCGCCAGCCGUCCCGGAACGAUCCGAUGGCGAAGGCACUGGGCUGGCUGCAGCUGGCGGAGGUGCUGCAUGGCGAUGAGCCCGAUGAUGGCACCGAGCAGGAUGUGAAGCCAGAACGGAGCAAAUGAAAACGCCAUCGAGUGAUGGGAGAGAUUGGUUUUGUAAAAUAUGUAGUUCUAUUUAUUUUCAAUUUGUCGUAGUGGGGCGUUAUAUCCCACAGAGAAAAAAAAAACAAAUGCUAAAA